CUUAAACUAAUGCUUGAUUCACUUCUAAAAGAGACAAAUAAUGCUGGUUGUUACAUAAAUGUUGAGGAACGUUGGAACAAUGAAGAUCUUAGUUCUUCUUCUAGUUAAUCUCUCCCUGUGUUUAGGGGUUGAAUACCAGCCGAGACAUGUACACCUCGCCUUAGGUGGUGAACCUAAUUCACUGGUUGUAACCUGGAGUACUCUGAAUAGAACAGAUCGUUCCAUUGCACUUGUAGGUCGGAAGAAGAUUGAACGAGAAUAUUCUGGAGUUUCAAGUUUAUUUAUCGAUGGAGGAGAGGAGGGAAGGGAACAAUGGAUUCACACUGUAACACUCAACCAACUCAAACCUAAUAAAAACUACUUCUACAGGGUUGGAUCUGAGUUAGGAUGGUCUAACUAUUUUUACACCAAGACCUUGCCUGACUCAACUGACUGGAGUCCCACCAUUGCUAUGUUCGGGGAUAUGGGAACUGAAAACGCGGCCAGUUUACCCUUCCUACAGAGAGGAGCUAGUGAGGGUAUGUUCCAAGCUAUUCUUCAUGUUGGAGAUAUGGCCUACGAUAUGGCGGAGGAAAACGGGAAACGCGGAGAUGAUUUUAUGGAACAGAUAGAACCCAUUGCUUCUACUGUACCCUACAUGACCUGCCCAGGGAACCAUGAGCACCAUUACAACUUCAGCAACUACAAGGCCAGAUUCUCUAUGCCGGAGGAUGAUAACAAGAUGUUCUAUAGUUUUAAUCUGGGCCCUGUACAUUUCAUCUCCAUCUCUACUGAGUUUUACUUCUACCUGGAGUACGGGAUGGAUCAGUUGAUAAACCAGUACUACUGGUUGAAACAGGAUCUGGAGAAGGCUAAUACACCGGAGGCUAGAAGUAAGCGUCCCUGGAUAAUUGUAUUCGGACACAGACCAAUGUAUUGCUCUAAUAACGACGACGAUGAUUGUACAAAGAACGAGUCCAGAACUAGGGUUGGCCUACCCUGGAUGCAUUGGUUCGGGUUGGAGGAGUUAAUGUACAACAAUGUGGUUGAUCUGGCGGUCUGGGCACACGAGCAUAGUUAUGAACGUCUUCUACCUGUAUACAACCGUACUGUACUCCCAGGACCUGAUUCCAAGCUUCCAUACGUGAACCCCCGGGCUCCGGUUCAUAUUGUGACUGGUUCAGCCGGCUGUAGAGAGAAGCACGACGGGUUCAUUCCCAACCCUCCCCCGUGGUCUGUUUUUAGAUCUGACGAGUACGGGUUUACUUUGUUAAAGGUUGUAAACUCUACACACUUGAGAUUAGAGCAGAUGAGCGUAGAACCUGAUUUACAUUCUAUUGAUCAAUUCUGGAUUAUUAAAUCCUCACAUUCAGCUUUCUCUUAGUUGGAACAUCAUCAUGCGUAUUCUCUGUAUGAAUAUUUAAUCUGAAACUCAUUUAUUCUUUAUUAAUACUCAUUUAAUGUCAGAUGUGAUAAAUUCACGCUCAAUGCCAAGCAAGGAAGAUAUUCACCAGGAACCAUUAUAUCUUUGUUUACAAAAUAAGUUUCUGGGUGGAAUACAAACACAACUCUGAGCCGUCCUGAGGUUGUUGUUCUUGUUGUAUGUUCAGGGGUGUAUAAUUUUAAGAAAACACACCCCCCCUUUAUUGGACAUCAAGAAUUGGGGUUGUUCAAUCUUUUUGAUACUUUUCCGGGCUUUUCCCUUAAGUUUUUUUUUAAUUUUUCCAAAUUCAGUGAAGAACCCCAUUAAAACAAAUUUUGGUGCUUCACACAACAAUGCCCGAGGGUUGGGGUGGGGGGAAUUUUCUUAAAAAAAAAUAUUCACCCUGUGUAUCUUUCUUGGUGCCAUGUAAGAAUGCUCUGUAAUAGUGGUUGUGAAAUUUAUUCAGUUUAAGAUGUGAAUCCAAUCGGUACAAACUGAUCCAAAACUAGUUUAUUACAUGGACUUAACUAACGUCAUGGGAAUUGUAGAUUCCUCGCCAUAUUAAUUUGUUGUAAAAUUAGUAAAAUAU